AUGUCUUUCCUAGCAGUCCCCCUCCUCAAACUCGGCUACAAUCAAGCCAAAAAACACCAAGCCAAGAAAGAUCUUCAAAAAUACCAAAACGCUGGCAUCUACCCCCCCAGCUACCCACCGGAGCAACACCCGAUGAGCAGCUACCCAGCAGGCGCCACGCCCGGCACAACCCUGCACUUCGAGUUGCCCCCGCAAGAACCCAGCAAAAGCGCCCAGCUAACCGUCAUGUUCUUCUCCGGUCUCCGCUUCCUACAGUUCAUCUUCGGUCUCACCGUCAUCGGCAUGUACGGCAAAGACGUCCACCACGACCACUCAAAGCAACACACCUGGCACUCGAAAUGGGUGUACGCGCUCGUCACAGCGUUCUUCGCAACCGCCACUGCAGCCAUCCAUCUCAUCCUGCCGUUCGUGAUGCGCAAAGCUAAGCCCGGUGCUGGGCCGGGCCGGGCCCUGCUGCUGCCGCAAUUUGCGUGGGAGUUUGUCGUGACCGUGUUGUGGUUGACGCUGUUUGGGAUCUUUGGGAAGAUGUAUAUUGGUGUUCAUCCUGUGGAGGGCUCGAGUUCGCAGACUGAUGCUACUACCUCUGCGCUGGGUGAUGCGUCGAAGAUCAGGCGGAUGCGCCAUGCUGUUUGGGUUGAUGUUAUGAACUUGGUGUUCUGGAUUAUGACUGCUUCUUGGGCUUUGGUGCGCUGGCUGAAGAGUCGCAGGUCGGCUGUCACUGGGGAUGCCAUUGAUACCGAGAAGGGUGAGAAGAUUUAG